AAAUAAGAGACGGCCCAAACCCAACAACCGCACGCCCAGAUCCCCCACCUCAGGAUCGAUUCGGACGGACCCAUGGGUUGGCGUUGGCACGACGACGGCCGCGGCCUCGGCGACCUCGCCGGCGGCGGGGACCGCUGCGCCACGCGCCGGGUGGUGCAGUCUCGCUGCCACACGGAGGAGGUGGAGCCCGGCCGCUUCGUCCGCAAGUGCGAGAAGACCGAGCAGCUCCUCCGCGACUGCGUCGGCAGACCCUCUGAACUGGUGGAAUCGAAAACUGAAAAUACUGAAGAAGAUGUCACAAAUGAAAUGAAAAGUGGAUCAGUGUCUCUUGGUUUUCCGACCAAUGAGCCCUUUGCAUUCCCUGGACUUCGUAGUGACAUAGAAGCUCUUGAGAAAGGCCUUUUUGGGAGCAUUGGUAGUUUUCUGGAUGAAGCUGAGAGGAUGACCAAUGAUUUCGUCAAGUCUUUUGGUGCCCCUUCCAUCCAUGACAGGGAGUCGAGCCCAUUCCGUGGACAACCUGCAGGCAGGUGGAUUGACGAAGGUACUGCAAAGGACGCCAAACAGGACACCAAACAGAACGACUAUACCGAAUUCAGCAGCAAGAUUACAGAUGUGUAAGAUUCUACAAUUAGCUGACACACCUUUGUGAGCUGAAGCCUGAGGACUGUGAGAGUUGAAGCCCGGGGACUGUGUUUUGCUGGAUGUCUAGGCCAUUUUGCCGUAUUUUGAACAUCACUUCAUUAUCAUAGUUGUGGUAGGAUUGCGAAGAAGCAAUUUGACUGUUUUAUAAGAUGAAUCAUCUGAAUUGUCGCGUUUGCAGGAGCAUUUAUGUAUAGUACUGUUUACAUAAGCCCGUUUGCGUUUUCGCAUCCAAUGAGAUAACUAGUAUGUUUUUUUGAUAAUGCAAUGUAGUACUGUUGUUUCUGCAUCUGAUGAGCUGCUCUGGGCUCCACCUGAAAUAUACCAUGGUGGUGGAGCGGCAGAAACACCUGCUAGUCCUGAACGCCCGGUUGCAUG